AUGCCAUGGCUAAAUGAAAUCGAAGUUAAAACAUGUGUAACAUAUACAUCAAGAGUAACAAAUCAAUUAUUAACAACAAAUUUAAAUAGUAUGUGUCUUACUGAUCGUCAAAUUGAACUUUUAAGUAAAGUUAAAAAUAUUUUAAAAAUUGAAUAUAAUCCACAUCGUAACAAACUGAUUUUAUUUAUACAUAUACCACCAGGACAAUUUGGUGAAGCAAUACCCAGCGAAUCUGCCGAUUUUAACAACGAACAAAGUGGUUCAGAAACAGAAAAUGAUGAAAGUCAAACAUCAGACGCUGAUGAUGAAAUUGAUUUAGAAGAUCUUAAAUUAACCGAAGAUUCUACACGAAAAAGCUGA